ACUUAAUGGCGGACGCCGGCAGAGUGGCACUGGCGGUUGCCUAGGUCUUAAAGGAACUCAGAAUCUGUAGGAUAUCUACUCCAUCCUCCCGGCUGCAGGCUUGCUUUGACUUGAUAGAACUAAGACCCGGGUUGUGGAGUUGUGGGUGGCUCAGUGUUAAUGCGACCAUGUUCCUGUACAAUUUGACCUUGCAGCGAGCCACUGGCAUCAGCUUUGCCAUUCAUGGCAACUUCUCUGGAACCAAACAACAAGAAAUUGUUGUUUCCCGGGGAAAGAUCUUGGAGUUGCUUCGCCCUGACCCCAACACUGGCAAAGUACACACUCUACUAACUGUGGAAGUAUUUGGUGUUAUUCGUUCACUCAUGGCUUUUAGGCUGACGGGUGGCACGAAAGACUACAUUGUGGUUGGCAGUGACUCAGGUCGGAUUGUUAUCCUAGAAUACCAGCCAUCUAAGAACAUGUUUGAAAAAAUUCACCAAGAAACCUUUGGCAAGAGUGGAUGCCGUCGCAUUGUUCCUGGCCAGUUCUUAGCUGUGGAUCCCAAAGGGCGAGCAGUUAUGAUUAGUGCUAUUGAGAAACAGAAGUUGGUGUAUAUCUUGAACAGAGAUGCUGCAGCCCGGCUUACCAUUUCUUCUCCCCUGGAGGCUCACAAAGCAAACACUUUAGUGUAUCAUGUUGUUGGAGUAGAUGUGGGAUUCGAAAAUCCAAUGUUUGCUUGUCUGGAAAUGGAUUAUGAGGAAGCAGACAAUGAUCCAACUGGGGAAGCAGCAGCUAAUACCCAGCAGACACUUACUUUCUAUGAGUUAGACCUUGGUUUAAAUCACGUGGUCCGAAAAUACAGUGAACCUUUAGAAGAACAUGGCAACUUCCUUAUUACAGUUCCCGGAGGGUCAGAUGGUCCAAGUGGUGUGCUGAUCUGCUCUGAAAACUAUAUCACCUACAAGAACUUUGGUGACCAACCAGAUAUCCGCUGUCCAAUUCCCAGGAGACGGAAUGACCUGGAUGACCCUGAAAGAGGAAUGAUUUUUGUCUGCUCUGCCACCCAUAAGACCAAAUCGAUGUUCUUCUUUUUGGCCCAAACAGAGCAGGGAGAUAUCUUUAAGAUUACUUUGGAGACAGAUGAAGAUAUGGUUACUGAGAUCCGGCUCAAGUAUUUUGAUACUGUGCCUGUUGCUGCUGCCAUGUGUGUGCUUAAAACAGGCUUCCUUUUUGUAGCAUCAGAAUUUGGAAAUCAUUACUUAUAUCAAAUUGCACAUCUUGGAGAUGAUGAUGAAGAACCUGAGUUUUCAUCUGCCAUGCCUCUGGAAGAAGGAGACACAUUCUUCUUUCAGCCAAGACCACUCAAAAACCUUGUGCUGGUUGAUGAGUUGGACAGCCUCUCUCCCAUUUUGUUUUGCCAGAUAGCUGAUCUGGCCAAUGAAGACACUCCACAGCUGUAUGUGGCCUGUGGUAGGGGACCCCGGUCAUCUCUGAGAGUCUUAAGGCAUGGACUUGAGGUAUCAGAAAUGGCUGUCUCAGAGCUACCUGGUAACCCCAAUGCUGUCUGGACAGUGCGUCGGCACAUUGAAGGUGGCUGUGAAGGUGCUGAUCACCACAGAUGAGUUUGAUGCCUACAUUAUUGUGUCUUUCGUGAAUGCCACACUGGUGUUGUCCAUCGGAGAGACUGUGGAGGAAGUGACUGACUCUGGGUUUCUGGGCACUACCCCAACCUUAUCCUGCUCCUUGUUAGGAGAUGAUGCCUUGGUGCAGGUGUAUCCUGAUGGCAUUCGGCACAUACGAGCAGACAAGAGAGUCAAUGAGUGGAAGACUCCUGGAAAGAAAACAAUUGUGAAAUGUGCAGUGAACCAGCGACAAGUGGUGAUCGCCCUAACAGGAGGAGAGCUGGUCUAUUUUGAGAUGGAUCCCUCAGGACAGCUGAACGAGUACACAGAGCGGAAGGAAAUGUCAGCAGAUGUGGUGUGCAUGAGUCUGGCCAACGUGCCCCCUGGAGAGCAGCGGUCUCGUUUCCUGGCUGUGGGGCUGGUGGACAACACUGUCAGAAUCAUCUCCCUGGAUCCCUCGGACUGUUUGCAACCUCUAAGCAUGCAGGCUCUUCCAGCCCAGCCUGAGUCCUUGUGUAUUGUGGAAAUGGGUGGGACUGAGAAGCAGGAUGAACUGGGUGAGAGGGGCUCUAUUGGCUUCUUAUACCUGAAUAUUGGGCUACAGAAUGGUGUGCUGCUGAGAACUGUCCUGGACCCUGUCACUGGGGAUCUAUCUGACACCCGUACUAGGUAUCUGGGAUCUCGUCCUGUGAAACUCUUUCGUGUCCGGAUGCAAGGCCAGGAGGCCGUGUUGGCCAUGUCAAGCCGCUCGUGGUUGAGCUAUUCUUACCAAUCUCGUUUCCAUCUCACCCCCCUGUCUUAUGAGACCCUGGAAUUUGCAUCUGGCUUCGCCUCUGAACAGUGCCCUGAGGGCAUUGUGGCCAUCUCCACCAAUACCCUGAGGAUUUUGGCGUUGGAGAAGCUCGGUGCUGUCUUCAAUCAAGUAGCCUUUCCACUGCAGUACACACCCAGGAAAUUUGUCAUACACCCUGAAAGUAACAACCUUAUCAUCAUUGAGACUGACCACAAUGCCUACACUGAGGCCACAAAAGCGCAGAGGAAGCAGCAGAUGGCAGAGGAAAUGGUGGAAGCAGCAGGGGAGGAUGAACGGGAGUUAGCUGCAGAGAUGGCAGCAGCAUUCCUCAAUGAAAACCUCCCUGAGUCCAUUUUUGGAGCUCCUAAGGCUGGCAAUGGGCAGUGGGCCUCUGUGAUCCGAGUGAUGAAUCCUAUUCAGGGGAACACACUGGACCUUGUCCAGCUGGAACAGAAUGAAGCUGCUUUUAGUGUGGCUGUGUGCAGAUUCUCCAACACUGGUGAUGAUUGGUAUGUGCUGGUGGGUGUGGCCAAAGACCUGAUACUGAACCCCCGAUCUGUAGCAGGAGGCUUUGUCUAUACCUACAAGCUUGUGAACAAUGGGGAAAAACUGGAGUUUUUGCAUAAGACUCCAGUGGAAGAGGUCCCUGCUGCCAUUGCCCCAUUCCAGGGGAGGGUGUUGAUUGGUGUGGGGAAGCUUCUGAGAGUCUAUGACCUGGGAAAGAAGAAGUUACUCCGAAAGUGUGAGAACAAGCAUAUCGCCAAUUACAUCUCUGGGAUUCAGACUAUUGGACAUAGGGUAAUUGUAUCUGACGUCCAAGAAAGUUUCAUCUGGGUUCGCUACAAGCGUAACGAAAACCAGCUCAUCAUCUUUGCUGAUGACACCUACCCUCGAUGGGUCACAACAGCUAGCCUCCUCGACUAUGAUACUGUGGCUGGAGCAGACAAGUUUGGCAACAUUUGUGUGGUGAGGCUCCCACCUAAUACCAAUGACGAAGUGGAUGAGGAUCCCACCGGAAACAAAGCCCUGUGGGACCGGGGCUUGCUCAAUGGGGCCUCUCAGAAGGCAGAAGUGAUCAUGAACUAUCAUGUGGGCGAGACAGUACUUUCAUUACAGAAGACCACGCUGAUCCCUGGAGGCUCAGAAUCACUUGUCUACACCACCUUGUCAGGAGGAAUUGGCAUCCUUGUCCCAUUCACAUCUCAUGAGGACCAUGACUUCUUCCAGCAUGUGGAAAUGCACCUACGAUCUGAACAUCCCCCUCUCUGUGGACGAGACCACCUCAGUUUUCGUUCCUAUUACUUCCCUGUUAAGAAUGUGAUUGAUGGAGACCUGUGUGAGCAGUUCAACUCCAUGGAGCCCAACAAACAAAAGAAUGUCUCUGAAGAACUGGACCGAACCCCACCUGAGGUGUCCAAGAAGCUUGAGGACAUCCGGACUCGCUAUGCCUUUUGAGCUCUUCCUUCCUUUUCCCAUGGGGCUUGUCAGAGACUGUAUUAUUUUCCUCACCACAUGGCUCUGAAUCCAUAUGGCAGAAGAAGGAUGGCUGGAUAAUUAAGAUUUUGUAAUAUUAAAGCUAAUAGCUCUUCCCCUGGAGUGACUGGUUUCCCCUAAUUGGCACUAAGAUUUGCCAUACUUUUUCUGGCCUAGUACAUAAUACAUUGCCCCGAGGAUCCAGUGUGGAAUACAGUGCCUCUUUUCCCAGAUCUUUCUUGCAUUGGUAUUUCUGGCUAUGUUGUCUACUUUUGUACACACCCUUAAUUUUUAACUGGUUUACCUGUAAAUAUCGUUUUGUAUGAUGUUACCUUUGAGGGAGGGAGGGAAGCAAAGGUAGGGACCAGGUUGGAUAUAGUAUAAUUCUGGAGUUCUGCCACUCUGGAACCUAACCAGAAAUACAAACUUAGUUUUUAAGGUGA